CUCUCUGUCUCGUUGUCUCUCUUUCAGGGUUUAUUGGAUUUGUAGCCGUUGGGAAGCCCUAACCUGUCUUGCUUCUCUUGGCUCUCUCCUUCCAUGUCAGUAGAGGCUCGCGGCACCGUUGCGAACCCUAGCUUUCCCGCCCUUAUCUUUCUUCUCUUUUUCCUUUGGCUCUCUCUCCGAGCUCGGCGGAGUUCGUGAAUUCCUUUUUGCACGGUCACUUCCUAAUUCUACUUUUGGAUCGAACUGCUCCGGCGUCCGGGCGGUUGGUGUUGGUUCCUCUUUUUGGCACUUUUCUGUGAAUUGGCUUGAGAACGGGGCAGUUUCAGAUCUUGCUUCCUGUGAUCGUACGUGGGUUUCAGCUAUUUCUGGUGUGUGAGUUGAAGUUUUCUGCAGUGCAGCUGCUGUAUCAUUUACGCAUUGCACGGUUAAUCUUGUAUUCCAUUUGGAAGCAGUUGAUUUUACUUGCGGAAAUCAGUUUUACGCAAGACUGCAAAAGGGUAGUUCCGUGGUGGUUGGCGAGAGUUUUUCUGCAGAGUUAUGAACAAUACUUGGUUGGAGCACAUGUUCAGAAAAUUUAAUGCUUGUCGGUAGACGUAUGUUUGUUUGGUACAUGGAUUCACCUGCGAGCUAGAAAUUGCAGCAAAUGCUGGAAAAACUUGGAAAUCUUUUAUUUGUCUGAAAACGACGUUGUGGUUUUUUGGAGUAAAUUAGUAGGAUAGUCUAAUUAAGGAUUCCAGUUUCGUUGAGUAAUUCUCCUUUUUGUUUUCGCCUGGAGUUCUUCUUGGGGUAUUCCCUUUUCUUCGAGCUAUUUGUAUACAUAUUAGGUAUAGCAGGGAGCCUGUCUGCUUGGGUGAUCUUGUAAAUUUUGUCGUCACUGGUGGUGGCAUCUCACGGGGUUCAUUUAUUCACUGUGGCUCCAUUCAUAGACUUCAUAGAUGAUUCGUUGCUAGAUACAACUUAGGCAGUAUCAUCUGAUGGGGGAUAGUUCGUGUCGAUGUUAGUGCAGUUGGUUCUGGAGGCAGUAUGCCGGUGAUUGUGGGCAGAGAUGCAAAGGACACUUGCUGCCAGCUGUGGUGGUGGAGUUGGUAACAGUGUAGUUGGUGGAGGAUCUUCUAGGGAGGCUGGAAGAACAGAUUCAUCAUUUUUACCUUCAAACUUCCCGCCAAACUCAAGGCGAUCUCAACAAUUAACUCCAUACAAGCUUAGAUGUGAUAAAGAGCCUUUAAGUUGCAGACUUGGUCCACCUGACUUUUAUCCCCAAACUCCCAACUGUCCUGAAGAAGCUCUCAACAAGGAAGUUCUACAAUCUGGAUACAGGGAGACAGUUGAUGGCCUUGAGGAGUGUCGUGAUAUCUCUGCUACUUAUGUUGGGCAUUUGCCAAAACCUGCCAUUUUACACUGUAAAGAGUCAAUCCGGAAGCGCCUGAGGGCUAUAAAUGAAUCCCGAGCACUAAAACGGAAGGCUGGUCAAGUUUAUGGAGUGCCCCUCUCUGGAUCACUGUUAACCAAGCCUGGUGUUUUUCCGGAACAGCGGCAUUGUGCAGAGGAGUCCCGAAGGAAAUGGAUUGAGAGUUUGUCACAGCAGCACAAGCGGCUGCGCUUACUUUCUGAUCAUGUCCCACCUAUUUCUAGAAAGAGAUCACUGUUUGAAGUUCUGAUCAAACAUAAUGUUCCUAUAUUGAGGGCAACUUGGUUUAUUAAAGUCACUUACCUAAACCAGGUUCGCUCUAUAAAUAGUGGUGUUUCAUCUGGAGGGGCAGACAGACCUCGGCUAACACGUACUGAGCUAUGGACGAAGGAUGUAAUAGAAUAUCUACAGUAUGUUUUGGAUGAAUUAUUGCAAAAUGAGUUUCACCAUUCAAUGCCUCAUGGGAGAGAUCAGCCGCCACAAACACUGCUGGGUGGCUUUGUGCAACAGAAAGGUAUUGAGUCCAUGCAAGUUACUCCUGAUGGGGAGGAACCUUCACUUCAUUUUAAAUGGUUGUAUAUGGUCCGUAUUGUUCGUUGGCACUAUUCAGAAGGGCUGCUGCUUCCAUCUCACAUUGUUGAGUGGGUUCUUCAUCAGCUUCAGGAAAAGGAAUCAUUUGAGGCUUUACGACUGCUGUUGCCUAUUGCAUAUGACUUUAUAGAAUGCAUUGCAUUGUCACAAUCCUAUGUGAGGAUGUUUGGGGAUGUUGCUGUACGCUUUUUACAGGAAUAUUCAGCGAAUGGUUUAUCUCUUGCAGAAGAUUCCCAGAAAGCUUGUAUUGCGUCUAUGUUGGUUGAGUUGCUUCGGUACUUAAUCCUAACCGUGCCUGAUACCUUUGUUUCACUGGAUUACUUUCCCUUGCCCUCUUGUGUAUAUCCAGAUUUAAAGGGUUCUGGCUCUUCCGUAGUUCUAGCAUCUGACAAUGUGGAGAAGACUCAAUCUGGUUCUAGAGAUUGCGAAAUAAAAAUUGUGAAUGCUUAUCAUCAGUAUUUGUCCUUUGACAAUGCUGUUUCUUCUGUGCAAAAGCGUGCUGCUGAUCUUGCAAAAGCUGCUUCUCCAAGUUUUCAGGACCAUGGAGAGGCUAGAGUUGCACAAACAUUAGACAAAGCUGUGAUGGCAGGGGAUGUCAGAGGUGCUUACAACUUCCUUUUUGAAAAUUUGUCUAUUGAAGGGGUUGCAGAAGGAUGGAUAGCAGAAGUCAGCCCAUGUCUAAGGUCAUGCUUGAAGUGGAUUGGGUGCACAUCUGUCCCAGAGAUCUGUGCUUGUUUUUUCCUGUUUGAAUGGGCAACAUGUGAUUUUAGAGAUUGUCGCAGUUACUUACCAUCAAAUGUGAAAGUUACUGGUACGAGGGAUUUUUCUCAGAUCUAUUUUGCUGUGUCAAUUUUGCAACUAAAGAUGGAAGAUAUUAAAGGCUCGUUACAAGUUAAGAGUGAAAAUGUGCUUGACAAUGGCAUUGCUGAGAAGAAACCCAAGCUAUUGGAGAGCCAUUCUAGCAGAACAAAACUAACCCAUUUUGCUACACGAAAGCUUGACGCCAAAUUUCCAGGUGUCAGUUCUAAAAUAUCAGAUGUUUUUGUAAGUCCUGGCCCAUUGCAUGAUAUUGUGGUCUCUUGGCUAGACCAGCAUGAAGUACGCAAGGGUCAAGGUGCUAAGCGUGUUCAAGCUCUUAUCAUGGAACUCAUCCGCCAUGGCAUAUUCUAUCCCCAAGCUUAUGUGCGGCAGCUUAUUGUUAGUGGAAUUAUGGACAGAAGCUUGACUUCAGUCUAUUCUGAUAAGCAGAAAAGACACACCAGACUCCUGAAGCAGCUGCCGGCACCUUAUUUGAUUUAUGCCUUGAAAGAAGCUAAAAUUGCUGAAAUGCCUAUACUUGUUGAGGCAAUAAGUAUCUACUCUAAUGAGCGACGCCUUAUCCUUCAUGGGAUUUUGAGUGGAGUACCGAGGAAUUCCAGAACAGGUGAUGUUGCAUUGAGCCUGUAUCAGAAUCACCAGAGAAGCAGUUCAACCAAUGGAAAGGAUGCUGUGAUGGCCAUGUCUUUUGAUCCAUGGGGGAACUCUCAAGCAGUGCAUAGUUCUGCAGCUUUGGUCAGUAGGCAUACUGGCAGGGCCAAAGUUCAAGAGCUGAAAGAAGCUAUCUCAGCCUUACUGCAUCUCCCAGAUUUCUGCAUCACAUUCAUGGACAAGAUACAUAUUCAUGCUGGUUCUGAGGGACAUCACACUAGAUAUCUUGGUUCAGUUCACACAAAAACUGAUGUGGGAGAAGUUACACCUGGCUGUGAAGAAUGCAGAAAGUUGAAGAGGCAGAAGCUGAAUGAGGAAAGGAGUCCACAGCAGGUUCAUGGAUUUUCAUCCUAUGUAUCAGAUGAUGAAGACAUGUGGUGGGCACGAAAAGGAACUAAGUUAACAGAGUUGAACAAAAUUGAUCAGCCUGUUAAACCAACAAAGCAAUCUUCUAGAGGGAGACAAAAGAUUGUGCGAAGAACCCAAAGUUUAGCACAAUUGGCAGCUGCCAGGAUUGAGGGAAGUCAGGGUGCAUCUUCCAGCCAUGUGUGCGAUCAUAGAAUAUCCUGCCUGCACCACAGAAAUGGCAUUGAAAAUGAGUUCUCAAGGGAAGGCACAUCUAGGAAUCAUGCUUGUGAUAUUGUUACGUUAGGUAAAACCUUGAAACAACUAUGCCUUCUUGAGCGAUGGGCCAUCACAAGCUGGUUAACUUCUGUAGUGAGGGAGCUAAUUGAGGGAGGCGAAAAGGUGGCUUCCAAGGUUGACUUUGGGUCAGGUUCAUUUUCUUCUACAAGCAGUGAUAAAAGUGCUACACGUUGGAAGCUCACUGAAGAUGAAUUAUCUAGCAUACUUUAUUUGUUAGAUGUUUCUUUUGAUUUGAUUUCAGUUGUGAAAUUGCUGUUGUGGUUGCUUCCAAGAGCUUCAUUUGGUUCAAAUCCAGCAUUUUAUGGUGGGAGAAGUACAUCUGUUUUAUCCAAAAGUAAGGGUGCUUCUUGUGAACUGGGAGAAGGAUUUCUGCUGGCAUGCCUUCAAAGGUAUGAAAAUGUACUUGUGGCUGCGAAUCUUCUUCCAGAAGCACUUAAUGUUGCAAUUCAACGUGCUAUGACAUCUAUGCCUUCUAGUGGAAGGAUUUCCAGUUCACCUUCCUUUGUUUAUGCACGAAGUCUCUUGAAGAAGUAUGGUUCUCUAUCCACUGUCUCAAAGUGGGAAAAGGACUUCAAAGUAACAUGUGAUCAGAAGCUCCUUAGUGAACUUGAUGCUGGUGACCUUGGGUAUGCAGUUGGCUUGCCAGCUGGGGUGGAGGAUUUUGAUGAUUAUUUUCGUCAAAAGGUGAGUGGAAGGUUGUCAAGGGUUGGGACAGGCAUGAAAGAUAUGGUUCAAAGGCAUAUGGGGGAUGUCGUAAACUAUAUUUAUGGAAAAGAAAGGAGGCUUCUUGCUCCCGGACCUGCAAGAGGUUCAGAAACAGAAAAAUGGGAUGACUUGUAUCAAACAACUCAACAUAUUGUGUCGAGUUUAAUGGACUGCAUUCGUCAGAGCACUGGUGCAUCUCAGGAUGGGGACCCUGCUCCAGUGGCUGCAGCAGUGUCUGCUUUGGUUGGUAGUGUGGGGAUUUCUGCAGUUAAUAUACUUGAAGCAGCUAGCACUAACAGCCCAGGUUCUUCUUCAGCAAUAAGCUCGUUCCCAUUGAACUGUGUUCGUCGUAUUAUACAGGUUCACAUCAGCUGCCUCUGCCUCUUAAGGGAUGCUUUGGGUGACAGACAUGGUCGUGUGUUUGAGACUGCUCUCGCAACAGAAGCAUCUAAUGCUGUGGCUGAAUCAUUGGCAGGAAAAGCUUCUCGCAGUCAGUUCCAUCUCUCAUCAGAAACUGUUGAUAGCAAUUCAAAUUUGUCAAGUGAAAUGAACAGUUCAACCAAGGCAUUUCUUGGAAGGCCUACUAAAGUUGUAGCAGCAGUGUCUGCACUACUAAUUGGUCUUGUUGUUCAUGGUGUUAUCAGCUUGGAAAGGAUGGUAUCAGUUCUAAAAAUAAAGGAGCGUCUAGAUUUCCUACAGUUCAUAAAACAUCUGAAGACUGGUUCCAAUGGGAUUUCUCGUUCCAUGGGUGCUUUCAAGGUGGAUAUUAGUAUUGAAAUUUGUUUGCAUUGGUUCAGGCUUCUGGUUGGCAAUUGUCGAACAGUUUUAGAUGGAUUGGUUGCAGAUUUUCUUGGUGAAUCAUCUGUUUUAGCUCUUUCAAGAAUGCAGCGUUUGCUUCCACUUAACUUGGUUUUCCCACCUGCUUAUUCAAUUUUUGCUAUGGUAAUUUGGAGGCCUUACAUUUUUAGUAGUAGUGUAGCAACUCGUGAAGAUGUUCAACUCUAUCACUCUUUAUCAUUAGCAAUAGGAGAUGCUAUAAAACAUCUACCUUUCCGUGAAACCUGUUUACAGGAUACCCAUGCUCUCUAUGCACUUUUAGCUUCUGAUGCAAGUGAUUCUGAGUUUGCAGCUAUAUUGGAAUUGCAAAAUUUGGACAAGCAGUUAAGGACAAUGGCAUUUGUUCCUCUUAGGGCAAGGCUAUUCCUAAAUGCAAUUCUUGACUGCAAAAUGCCACAAAUUACAACUUUGCAGGAUGGUGGUUCUUGGUCUCAUGGCUAUGAAUCAAAGGUUCAUGCUGAGAAUGAAGCAAAACUCCUGAGUCAGCUGGUUCAUGUGUUGGAUACUUUACAACCUGCCAAAUUCCACUGGCAGUGGGUUGAAUUGAGGCUUCUCUUGAAUGAGCAAGUCCUCAUUGAGAAGAUUGAUUCCCAUAAUUUGUCAUUAGCUGAAGCUAUCCGGUAUCUUGCACCUAAUUCAGAUAAUUGCUCUCGCUCAGAGAAUGAAAAUAAUUUUACAGAAAUCGUCUUGACUCGAUUACUUGUCAGGCCUGAUGCUGCUUCUCUUUAUUCAGAAGUAAUUCACCUUCUUGGAAAAUCAUUGGAGGACUCAUUGCUUAUGAAUGCUAAAUGGUUCUUAGGAGGCAAUGAUGUUCUUUUGGGGCGCAAGUCCAUCAGGCAGCGUCUCAAAUCUAUUGCUGAGAAUAGGAAACUAUCCACCAAAGUGCAAUUUUGGAGGCCAUGGGGUUGGUUGAGUUCCAGUGGUGAGUCAGCUGGUGGUGACAAGCGAAAGUUGGAAGCUACUUCUCUUGAAGAAGGAGAGGUCGUCGAUGAAGGGGUGGAUCCAAAAAAGCCCACAAAACAAGGAUUCCAAGGACCUAUUUUACAGAGCUUCCAUUCACCUCAAAAGUUUGCAACGGAGAAGGCACUUGCAGAAUUGAUGCUACCUUGUCUUGAUCGUAGUUCGAUGGAAUUCCGGAAUUCAUUUGCAAUUGAUUUAAUCAAGCAGAUGAAUACUAUUGAACAACAAAUUGUUUUGCUCUCACGUGGCACUGGAAAGCAGGCUGCUGGCUCCAUUAGUGGUACUGAAGGUGUUGGCAACAAGGGGAGUGCACGUAAAGGUAUAAAAGGGGGUAGCCCUGGACUCGGGAGACGUUCAACAGGUGCUAUAGAUAAUUCACCGGUCUCUGCAGCUUCACUAAGGGCGUCAAUGCGUUUGAGGAUGCAGUUUCUCUUGAGAUUACUUCCAAUCAUUUAUGUGGACAGGGAGCCAUCAAAUCGUAACAUGAGGCACAUGCUUGCUUCAGUUCUGCUUCGUCUGUCAGGAACAAGAAUAGUUCAUGAGGAUGGAGAUUUCUAUUUCACAAACAGUCAGAAGAACCUUUUGCUUAAAAGGGAGACAGAAUCAUCAGAACCAUCAGUUGGUACAUCUGUGGUGCUCACCAGUGAGAGUCUGUUUGACUGCAUCCUGUGUGUGCUUCAUGGAUUGCUGAGUAGUUACAGACCCAGCUGGCUUAGGGCUAAACCGGCUUCCAAGAUAACUUCCAAACCACCACGUGAUGUUUCAGCAUUUGAUCGUGAAGUGGCUGAAAGCAUGCAGUCUGAAUUGGAUAUCAUGCAAUUGCCGCAAGCAAUCCGCCUGCGUCUCCAAGCUGCAAUGCCAAUGUUGCCGGCGUCUCUACCCGGUUUGAUUUCAUCUCAGCCAUCAACCGUAUCAGUUGCUGCAUGUGUUCCAUUACAUGCUGCUACCUCAAUUUCUGGUAUUCCACCAGCUAAUGCAGCUCCUCCAAGGAACCAGGUGUCUGGUUCCCGGCCAGUGGCCUCUAGUACUGCUGCGAAAUCAAAGGUACCGCCUUCCAUGCAGGACCCUGAAGUGGAGAUUGACACUUGGACAUUACUUGAGGAUGGAACUGGGUGUGCACCCGCAACUAGUAACAGUAAUGUGGGUGUAGGAGGGGACAACUCUAAUUUGAAGGCCUGUAGUUGGCUGAGAGGAGCGGUCAGAGUGAGGAGGACAGAUCUCACUUAUGUUGGUGCAGUUGAUGACGAUACUUGAUUUCUUAUUUGAAUUUUCUUUCUAUGGCCUUUGUAGAUUUGCCCUGGAUGCCAAGCCCGUCACGGCCUUUAAAGAUGGGGCUUGGAGAGGGUCUAUUGGUCCUGCUUCUCUCUGAGGGCUUGGUGGGAAGGGCUGUGUGGGUCCGUGUUUUGGGAGAGAAUCUCUCCCUAGAAACCGCCGCACGUGACGGCAGGCGUCUAACCCCUUCAAUCGAAAACCCCUGGGCCACCUUUAAGGCUUGUUGUAUAUAUGGAGUUUCUCUUAUUUUUUCCCAGUUUCAGAUGGGCAAGAAAACC